ACCCAACCCUUCCAUUUCACUCUCACACACACACUCACUCAUAAACACACCAUUUUUUCAUUCUCCCCAAAAAUCACAAACAUGGCAAGAUCACAACAGAGAUACCGAGGUGUGAGACAAAGGCAUUGGGGUUCUUGGGUCUCUGAAAUUCGCCACCCCAUUUUGAAGACAAGGAUAUGGCUUGGAACAUUUGAAACAGCAGAGGAUGCUGCUAGAGCCUAUGAUGAAGCAGCUAGGCUUAUGUGUGGUGCAAGAGCAAGAACCAAUUUCCCUUUCAAUCCUAACACUACCAACAACAAUGUCUCUCAAUCUUCUUCUUCAAAGCUUCUCUCACCAACUUUGACCGCAAAAUUGCACAGAUGCUACAUGGCUUCUUUGCAAUUAACUCGGCAACAAGAUCCUCAAAGGGUAAAUGAUAAUCAUAAUAAUAGUAACUACUCCAAAGAACAAGUUAGUGAAAAGGGUGAUUCAAUUGUGUCAUCAAAAAAGAGAACACAUGAUGAGGAGGAAGAGGUGAAACAAGAUUCAGAGGCCAAUUGGGUUGUCAAGAAAGUUAAGGGUAUGGACCAAAUUGGUCCACAGUUCAAGCCACUUGAAGAACAUCACAUUGACCAAAUGAUUGAGGAGCUUCUUCAUUAUGGCUCUAUUGAACUUUGUUCUGUUUUUCCACACCAAGAUAUUUAAUUUAGUAAUCACUAAUCAACCUGUGUUUUUUCUAUUUAUUUUAUCUCGUAUAUUAAAUUCAUAUAUUUUUAUAUCA